CUGAAUCAUCGUUAGCGUCUAUUCACUUUCUCACUUGUUGCGACAUCCUGAGAUUGCAUAAAUACGGCGCAGUCCUCAGGUUGGGGUUGAUCUCUAUCUUCUACAUACAGUCAAUCAAGCCAACAUCAAGACUCAUUCACACCUGCAACUCAUUCACUGUCUUCGUUCUACUUCCCACCGAAGCUUGACCUCAACAACAUCCACCAUAUCACCACUUAAUUCAGCCAUCUAUCAAACUACUUAUUCCACCAUGCCUGGCUUUUGGACCUGCUGCACUUGUCUCCACGGCCUUCACCAGAUCGACCUCCACACAGAGUGCCUCCAGUGUGGUGAAUCACGCUGCCCCAACUGCCCGGUUGACAGUCGAGACAUGGAGAUGUCGUUGUACACCUGCCACGAGAUGUCGCCGUACCCUUCUACUCCAGCACACUCGGUGUGCGCACACUCAUUAGACUCCCUCGCCAUGGUGCCGUCGAGACUUAACUGCCGAGCCCCGAGUCCGCAGCCGAUGUCUGUCUUCAGUGACGUCCGGCGUCCUCUUCACGAACUCGCCGGCCAGGCACUGCCAGCGGACCGAACACAGACACGCGGCAAUCUGUACUUCUGCUGCCAAUGUGGGGAUGGUCCCAAACUAUACCAGAACCAGCCCCGUUGUGUAAUGUGCCAGCACGUCGCGUGCGCCAACUGCACGCCGGUGAAAUGAUUGUUUUUUACGACUUAUGUUGAGGUUGAAGACUCAAGAAAGAGGCUAUGCUAUGUUCUCGAAGCCAAACUUUUCUCCAUUUUUUCUCUCUUUCUCUGACGUCUUUUGAGCGUUUUUCAUUUCAUCAUGAGUUGCAUGAAACAUGAAACAGACAUGACCGGGAGUCACGGGCCGUUUUAUCGACAUUUUCUUUUCUUUGAAUCCGGAAUUUUCGAACUGGAUGAUCUUGCAUGAGCGGGUGCAUAUACCAUGAUACAUCUCCUACUGUCAGCUUUUUUAUUUAUUAUUAUUAUUACUUCUGUUGUGGUUUGGUCUGAUUUGGUUGAUUUGAAGAACUGUACUAAAUAUACGGCUUAGACUGGGGCGGCUGCCCGAUUGAGCAAGCGG